UUUCUCUCUCUUAUCUCUUUGUCUGUCCCUCAUUCUCUCGUCUCGCGUAACCUUGUCGAGACGGUCGUCAAGUAUACGCCGUUUGCCGUCCCCGUCGCCGGAGCGCGUUUGUCUGUCCCGCUCCGGCGCGCAUCGCAGGCGCCGGUAGUGCAACGUCUCGUCUUUCCGUGUCCUCGCACGCGCUGCAGGCGCGCAGACGUAUCCAGCGGAUGACGCAUUCGACGUAACGCGUACGUAUACACACACGUAUAUAUACAUACAUGUAUAUGUAUAUGCGAAUGAACGAGAGUGCGUGAACAUAACUCAUAUCCAUGCACGCGUAAGCGCGCACGGCGCACGUCGUGGGAGCGCGCGAGGAGGCGGCGUGCGCGCAACCGCCGAAAGCGUCAUCGUCGUCGUCCUUCGUCCCGUCAUUUCGUUUUCAUACGUGCGUUCCUUGUUCUUGCGUGCGAGCUACCGCGUUGCGAGAACGUUGCAACUGUGCGAAUAUAUGAUGUGAGAGAAGAACAUUGGAGCACGAUAAAUUUCCCGUCGAGACACGAGUGAAAUUGAGUGAGAGACGAUUUGCGCGCGCGCGCGCGCGCGCGCUCGUUCGUCGUCCAAGGAUUUUUCAGUGAUUCGCGUGUAUCGACGCGGAUCGAUUGGUGUGUACGCAUCUUUGCCGCGAAAUUCGAGGGAGGAGGUGUGUAAUCCCGAGUGUCAAGAUCAGCUAUGCAUCUCGGCGCGUGAUGGACAAGCGAGCCUUCCCAGCCAGCAGUGGCGUCGGCGUCGGCGGCGGUGACGGUGGCGUCGGCGGCGGCGGUGGCGGCGGUGGCAGCGGUGGCAGCGGUGGCAGCGGUGGCUUCUUCUCGACCGGCAGACUCAUGGAUACGUGGAUAUUCUUUCUGUUCGUCGCCAUUGCCGAUGUGGCAGCGUCAGUAGAGGUUCAUUUUGAGAAUAAGGAUGGUGGAUUCUUCCUAAAGCAUAUACCGCGGCCGUAUUUCCCAGCCCGUGGCACAUCGGAUGCCGUUCCAGCGUUGUCGACAGGUGCAACGAACAGUAACAAUGCGGGAGGUGCGGUACCGUCACCGCCGCCCGGCUCCGUCCUCUCGAUCGACAAAUUCACUGUCUUCCAGACGAGCGAGCCGGUAUCGGUGCGAGCUACGUACGGACCCUUCAGCACCAAGCAGACCGUACCGGCGCGUUACAUAGUCCCCGAUCCGUUGGACGCGCUACCGGGACCGGAGACGCGACGUAAUCUCACAGCGGCAACGAUUCUGGACGCGCAGGAACUCGGCGCUCGUCAUCUGGACAUGUCAGCUCAUCUAGUGGGUAACAGCGUGCCGCGCGAUUCACCCGUGCUUAGGGUGCUCUUCCACGCCGGCAGCGAGGCUGGUGGUAGACGUCAGCUCCUGAUGGCGCGACAUCAGCGAGUCUGUGUGGUGUUACACGCAAACCUGGCCAGUCCAUCGCGGAGUAAUGCCGCGAGCAGAAGCAGCAAUGGACACGGUUACUCUUCCUCCUCCUCCUCCUCCGUCUCGUCACUCCACUCGUCUCUACGUCGUCGUACCGUACGUACCGUACGUACUCCCGACGGAGAGAAUGGUGUGUGCCUCGCGCAAAUCACCAUACCGGCCGAUUGGUGGGCACCGUUACCACCGCCCGAUUCCUCAGGCCGUAUCAAAGUCCCCAAGAGUCUGCCACGAUUGAUUCAGGUUGCUUACUCCGUGUUGGAACCGCGUACGGAGGAGGGAGGACUUGGUGGCGGCGCGAGCGGCGGCGGCGGUGGCAACGGCGGCGGUGGCAUUGGCGUUGGUGUUGGCGGUGGCGGUGGCGGUGGCGGUGGCGGUGGUGGUGGCGGCGGUUCUGAUUCUGUUGAUGCUACCGGUGGAUCAGGAUUCUGCAGGCCUAGGGUACAAAUUCAACCAGUCACUCCUCUAGGUCAAGUGCCGCUCGCGCCCAAUAAAGCGGACUAUAAGGAACUCAAGGCGGACGAUACGCUGACGUUACUGGUACCACAUGGACCACUCUAUCCGAGAUCCAGAUUGCACAUCCCGGCCUUCCUGCAUCCCAUCAAGACGACAGAUCCGCGACAGGAGCGGGCGCCAUUGAUCGUCGCGGUCAUUUUGAG